CGCGUCUCGGCGGCAGUCAUCGGAUCGGAACCUGCACAAGUAGAAGUGCGCAACAAGCCUUGCCACUAACAUGCCUUCAGUCGAGGUCGAGGUCCAGGUGGGCGGCGCCGGCGGGUGGAGGCCGAAGCAGCAGCAGAAGCACCGCCACCACCACCAUCCCCUUGAGAUCCGUCAGGUGUGGGCGGACAACGUGGACCGCGAAUUCAAGCUCAUCCGCGCCGCCAUCGAGCGGUUCCCCUACGUGUCCAUGGACACGGAGUUCCCGGGCGUCAUCCACCACCCUCCCCCGGCCGUCCACCACUCCACGCUCACCGCGCCGCAGCGCUACGCCCUGCUCAAGUCCAACGUCGACGCGCUGCACCUCAUCCAGGUCGGCCUGGCCCUGGCGCCGUCCCCUGGCUCCCCGCCCGCGCUCGCCUUCCAGAUCAACCUCCGCGGCUUCGACCCGCGCGUGCACCGCCACGCGCCGGACUCGGUCCGCCUGCUCGCCUCGUCGGGCCUCAUCUGCAACCCGGCCGUCGCGUGGGUCACCUUCAGCUCCGCCUAUGACUUCGCCUACCUCGUCAAGCUGCUCAUGGGACGGAAGCUGCCAAGGGCGCUCCCGGACUUCCUGCGCUACGUCCGCGUCUACUUCGGCGCCGCCGUCUACGACGUCAAGCACAUGGCCAGGGUCGCAUGCGCCUCCCACGGCGAGGUCGCGCUGCUGGGCGGCCUCGAGCGCGUCGCCGCCGCGCUCCGGGUGCGCCGCGCAGCGGGCCAAGGACACCAGGCAGCGUCCGACAGCGUGCUCACCUGGGACACCUUCCGGGAGAUGGCUAGGAUCUACUUCCCCAAGGAAGGCAGCUUGGAGCCGUGCGCCGGCGUGCUCUACGGCCUCGAGCUCCCAAACUGAAUUCUUCUUGUUCGUGUACAGUACACAGCCUCCCAAACAGAGAAAUAACGAUUCUUUGAUUACUUAAAUUCUUAAUUUGCUCUUCUGUUUCUGUUACGGGAUGAUGAUUGUUCAGCAGUCAGCACCAGCAGCAGCCGCUAUCGCCGCCGCCGCCAGUUUGUUCCGAGCAGCCUACAGUUUUGACUAACAGUAUAGGGUAUGUUGUGAAGAAGUGACCACGGGCGUGCCAUGUUAGUUAGUUGCAGGCCUGUACAGAUGAUGAAUGUUCUUCUACAUCAACACUAGCAGCCUGCACUGCAAUCGAGUACAACGGUUGAUCAGCAAAGAGAAAGGAAAAUAGAAAAUAAAGAGCAGUGUCAUAGAAUACCUACUUGAGGCACUCGUCGAUGAUACCACACUUGGGAGCUAGGAUGGUGGAAAAACAAUGAGCCUGACAAAAAUAAGACAGUGACUUUCAGAUAUCUAACGGUGUAUAAAAUAAAAUAAAAGAUAGCAAAAUAAUGGUGGCCUGCUAGUAAAUACUGACCAUCACAACCCUCUGUUGCUCUCCUAAUGAGACAGAACAACUUCCCGGUUUGCUGUAGAAUCCCACCAUUCUCUGGAAUGACACUAACUUUCGUGAUGGU